AUGGCCCCCCGUCACUGUCCUGCUCACGCCGGCCUUCCCAGGGUCUGGCUGGGCUGGGGUGAACUGGGCAACCGAAAGGCACAACUUGAACGAACCCGGAAAGAGUAUCUCACGACCCAUGCCCCCGAUUUUAUACUACUACAUCCUGACAGCCGCCGAAAGAGUUGGGGCGUACACCUGGACGUCAUCCGUCAAUCAACGCCUUGGUUUGACCACCGAAUCGAUGUGACGCGAAACAGGCAGACGAUGAUUCUUCCCGACUUGGUACGUUACGAACAAAUCCCCAGCCUCCUUCAUUUCUUCUAUACCGGUGACUAUUCGGUCGACGAAGACGACAUGUCUUAUUACUCCGCCCCUCCAUGCAAUUAUGGCUGUGUGACUUGUCCGCAGAUCUGCCAGCUGUUGCGUGUCCACUUGGCCAUGUUCCAGACUGCCCUCCUACUUAGGAUUACUGACCUCCAGGCCCUAGCUUUCCGCAGAUUCCGUGAUCUCAUGGACUCGGCUCCUAUUUAUGUGUUGCGAUUUGCAGUUCACGCAGUGUAUAGUCGGAGACCUAUCCCCGAUCGGACUGACUUCAGUAUUACAGGCCUGAAGAGUAUCACUGACUAUCGACCAGAGCUGGUGCUACCUGCUAUCCUUAGGUAUUGUGGAUAUUACCGACUUAACCCUGCGCGGGUAAGGAGCCGCUCUCGGGCGCCCAAGGAGCGUGGCGAGGAGGAAUUCGCCGAUCUCCGUCGACGAUGCCCGAAGUUUGAUGCGCAUAUGUCUAAGGGUCUGUGGUUGGACAUGAUUGAUAUCACCGUUCCGACCAUUCUGUUCCCUGGCCAGUCGGAGCCCAUCAGGUCUCUUCAUCCGUACUUGCACGCUUCACUCCCGCCGCGGCUGGUAGACCCGCAACGGUCGAACUAUCAGUAUGUUACUUACUUGCAGCCACUGCCAUUCAGGCCGUUCAGUGAACAGGAACUUACUGGCUCUGCCGCUCCUCCUUGUGCUUCAUCUGGAUCUAGCCCCAGUGCACCGUUGGAACAGGGGGAACCACUGACGAUUACAGAGGCGAUUAAUUUGACCACAGAGCCUGAUUUGACUACAGAGCAAUCCCAGGACUUGAACGACGAUGAUCGUUCUCUAUUUGGUACUCCACGUGAGACCGUCGAGACACUGCCAGAGGUCGAUGACGCAGCCCCAGUCGAUACAGCUCCAGUCGAUACAGCUCCAGUCGAUACGAAUGAGCCCGACUGGAGACAGUCUGCGGACUGGACUGGAGCGGAUUUGCCGGAUAUUGACUUUUCGCAGCUCCUCGAUGGUUCUGCACAGCCCGCUGUUUUGUUUGACUGGCCGCAGCCAGCGAGCUCUACUGAGCUUGACCUAGGUAAUAUGGACUUCACCCAGCUUUUGGACGAUGGUUCUGCUGACCUGCCAGAUGGGACUUCAUUUGACUGGAUGAACCCGACUGAUGUGGACUUCACACAAUUUCUCAAGAGUGAUGCGUUUCAGACUACUGACACUCUAGGUGUGUCCGAUGGGACUUUAUUUGACUAUCCCAUGCCAGCGGCCUCGACUGAUGAGCCCACCCAGCUUCUGACUGAUGAUGCUUUAGACACGCUGUUUACUGACUCAUUCUGCUUAGACCUGCCGAUGGAUAUGAACCUAGACCUGUCGAACCAAAACUCCAUAGAUACGGCGGUUCAACCUGACACCGAUUUCACAGGACUGCAACCACAGAGUCAGUACGAGCCGAUGGAUCUUAGCUUCCUCCCAGCAACGGGCGCAUCUGGCUUUCCGCAGGAGGUUCAGUUCCUUCCGGAGACCCAUUUGACCCAGCCUCGAGCAUCCGUUAUACCGCAGUAUAACAUGCACCCCCGGACGUUCACUCCGUCAACGGUCAGUUCUGCUAAGGCUCGCCGUGACUCGAGAAUUCGGCGGUCCACUGUUACUUCUACUAGGCAUGCUUCUGUUUCAUCGUACCGCACUUCAGCUCCGGCCUCGUCCUCUCGUUAUAAUUUGAGGAAUCGUUCGUUGAAGGUGCGGACGGCUGAUUUGGAGGAGUAG